AUGCGUGCACUUCUCUCUCUUGCAUUCAUAAGCUUUGCAGCUGCUGAGAAUGGACUCCAUGGUUGGCUACGGUAUGCAUCAGUCCCCUGCUCAGGUCAAUGUCAUUCCGCCCUCCCUUCGAUGAUUAUCACCCUCAAUGAGACAGAGAUGAGCCCGGUGUAUGUCGCGGGGACGGAGUUGCAGAAUGGUCUCAAGGGCAUUUAUGGGAAAAGUGUGCAAGUCACACAUACCAACUGCAAGAUAUCCUCCGGGAUUGUUGUUGGUACGAUUGAUCAGCAUCGAGAGAUCUGUGGAGCCGUCAAGGGCGUUCCUGAACUGGAGGAAGAUGGAUUCUGGCUCAACACAGAAGGAGAAAACGUCCAAAUCUUUGGACAGAAUGAAAGGGGUGCACUGUAUGGCACCUUCGAAUACUUGUCGAUGCUUGCACAGGGCAAUUUGUCCAAGGUCGCCUAUGCAUCCAAUCCCUCUGCACCUAUUCGCUGGGUGAACCAAUGGGAUAAUAUGGAUGGAAGCAUUGAGCGCGGGUAUGGUGGCCCGUCUAUCUUCUUCAAGAAUGGCAAAAUUGUUGAGGACCUCGCCCGUGUUACUGAAUACGCCCGCCUCUUGGCUUCGAUCAGAAUCAAUGGCAUAGUCAUUAACAAUGUCAAUGCUAAUCCUGCCCUUCUGAGCCCCGAAAAUCUCAACGGAGUGGCUCGAAUCGCAGACAUAUUCCGUCCGUACGGUAUACAAGUUGGCCUGUCGCUCAAUUUUGCUUCCCCUCAGACCUAUGGAGGACUCGGCACCUUCGACCCUCUCGAUGCUUCUGUUAUCGACUGGUGGUCGAUGAUCACAGCUCAGAUCUAUGAGCGAAUCCCUGACAUGGCUGGCUUCCUUGUGAAGGCUGAUUCGGAAGGACAGCCAGGUCCUCAGACAUACAAUCGAACCCUCGCAGAUGCAGCGAAUCUUUUUGCCAAAGAGGUCAAACCUCAUGGUGGCAUUGUUAUGUAUCGCGCCUUUGUCUACAAUCAACUCGACGAGGAUGUCUGGACGGAUGAUCGCGCGAAAGCUGCUGUCGACUUCUUCAAGGACCUUGAUGGUCAAUUUGAUGAAAACGUCGUGAUCCAAAUCAAGUUCGGGCCUAUUGAUUUCCAAGUCCGUGAGCCACCAUCGCCAUUAUUUGCAAAUAUGUUCCAUACCAGCAUGGCCAUAGAGUUACAGGUCACGCAAGAGUACCUCGGUCAACAGUCACAUUUGGUCUAUGUUGCUCCCCUUUGGAAGACGAUUCUAGACUCUGACCUCCGUGUUGACCAUGAGCCGUCCUAUGUGCGUGAUACAGACGCGCUCGAAAUCAGUUUCACCAUUUUACUCUCUUUGAAUCUUUCCCAAACUUAA